GUUGAUUACGAUCCAGAUGAAAUAUGUGAGAUGAUCGAGACGGCUCGUGUACUCUUCUCCACUGAGGGAGCACUGAUCGAAGUUACAAUACCUCUUAUUGUGGUCGGUGAUAUACACGGGCAGUAUGCGGAUUUGCAGCGAAUUUUUGCAGCGGUUGGACGGCCGGGUAAAACACGAUACCUAUUUCUUGGCGACUACGUUGACCGUGGUCCACAGUCACUGGAAUGCAUUUGCGCGCUUGUUGCCUGGAAAAUUGCCCAUCCUAAAAGGAUAUUUUUGCUUCGUGGCAAUCAUGAAUUUGCGUCAGUGAAUCGAGAAUAUGGUUUUUAUGAUGAACUAGCUGCACGAUUUAGCGUCGGCCAGGCAAUGCGUCUGUGGAAGGAAUUCAACGAUUUAUUCUCGAUUUUACCAUUCAGUGCCGUUAUCAAGGGCAAAAUACUUUGCAUGCAUGGAGGCUUGAGCCCACAUCUCGAGAGUCUCGAUGAUAUUCGCAAUGUAAUGCAUUUUUUAAAAAACGACGAGUUUCUGAAAAAACUGCGGCUUAUUGCGCCGGGGAUUCUUAAGAAGUUCCUCACGGAUUGA